CCAUGGUCUCUUCUCAAUUUGGUAAACCACUUUCGGUUGCCAGAAAAUAAGCCUGUUUUUUCCCCCUUUUGAUUCCAGUAUUCUUCACCAAACCAACCCACCCUUCCAUUCAUCUCUCUUUCUUCGCUCUGUUCUGUCUCCCUUUCACAAUUCCCUGUCUUUGAGACACAACAGACAAAGCCCUUCAAGAAAAACACACAUUGAAUAGGAAAAAGCCUCUAAUCAUUUUCAUUUUCCACCAUCAAGAAAAAGGGAGGAAAAAAAAAAAGAAAAGUAAAGAAGAAAUGAAGAGGCCUCAUUCUUCAUGCUCACCUUCCUCUUCAUGCAUUGAGCUCAAAAAAUCUAGGACUACCAAACAUGCUUCUUCCUCCUCCAGAGCCAAGAGGGACAAGAAGAAAUCCCAGAUCAGUGCUGAUGCUUCUUCCUCCCCCAUUGCUGCAAGAAGAAGCUCCAUUUACAGAGGAGUCACCAGGCACAGAUGGACCGGCCGGUUCGAAGCCCAUCUCUGGGACAAAACUACUUGGAAUGCCAUUCAAACCAAGAAAGGACGACAAAUUUAUUUGGGGGCUUAUGAUAAUGAGGAGGCUGCUGCCCGUACUUAUGAUCUUGCGGCCCUCAAGUACUGGGGACCUGGAACCAUACUGAAUUUUCCGCUUGAAAAUUAUUCGGAAGAGCUUGAAGAAAUGGGAAAUUAA